UAGAGUGGGACCCCAUCCCGCUGGAUGAUCGCCGGGGCUUCAUCCGAAAUUAUACCAUCUUCUACCAGAGCGAAGACAAGGUCUCAGACUUCGUGGUGGUGAACGGCUCUGUGUACCAGCUCCGGCUGGACGGUCUCUCCUCGGACCAGGAGUACAAACUCCACGCUGUGGCCUCGACUGACCAGGGGGGAGCUGCAGGACUGGACAUCUACGUACAGACUCUCCGUGACGAUGGUACCAUGCUUCUGGUGAUUCCUCUGUCCGCUCUGCUCACCCUGAUCUCCAUCGUCACGCUCCUGGCCUGCGUUCAGCAGAGGCAAGCGAUAAAGCAGUGUUUCUUUCCGAGAAUUCCAGACCCCGCGAAUAGCAGCCUGGCCAUCUGGAUGCCCAAGAAGAUCUGGAUGGAUUUCAGAGACUAUCCAGGUGACCGCUCCCUCAAAGCACAAGCUGACAUCUCCGCACCCCAGGCUGGCACCGUGCAGGAGACGCUGUCCUCACUGAGCUGGCCGGAGCACCAGGACCCUACCGGCCUGGGGGGCAGAGUGACCAUUCCCAUCCAAACCUACUGCACCGCAGUGAUCCUGCAGCACUGCAUUGUUGAUGACUAUGUGAGAGAAACUCCCGGGAGGAGCUUUGCUGAGCAGGGCUCUGUGGAGUACUCCACUGUGACGGGCAUCGCGGGCGGGUAUACCCAGAUACCCCAAGCUAAGCUUGCCCUCCUACCCUGUAACCCCGAUCACGGAGUCCAAACCCCCUCCCCCUGCCUCUUGAAUAAGACCUAUCAAAGCCUGUUGUAUCCUGAUAUGAUGGACCCAGCCCAGGGUAAUGAGGAGGAGGAGGAGGAGGAGGAGGAGGGAUCUUUCAGUAUGUCCCCCUUGUUACUGGAGCAGCUGAUGCAGCGCAGGGCCCAGAACUCAGGGCUCUGAGCCAGAUAACAAGCCCCUGUCCACUGUGGAGGCUCAACUAGACAAUACAGUACAGAUCCCAACUUAUAACAGGGAUGGAAAUGAGACUCCUAUGGCAUAGCAGUUUGAUCCAUUCCAAGUUUUACUAUGAGUUCAAUAAGACACACCUGCGCUUGUUACCUAUAUAGUGGGAAAAACUAAGCAAGUAUUAAAACCUGGAAUGACUGAGUCUGCUGUGCAAUAGGAGUGGGUUAAACAAAGUGGGUUACUUUACUUCAAGCACAACGCAGUGCUGAUCAACUAUCGAUUUCUGUACAUUUAAAUAAUAUUGAAAAUAUCUGCUAUUGUAAAAAAACAAACAAAAACAUUUUAAAAGAUGCUAUUCUUGUACAUUUUUCAAAUGUAUUUUUUGGUUCCGACCAUCCGGUUGUUUAAGAUGA